CCCACUGCCCCCCAGCCCUGCAAAACCCCCCUUCCCUCCCAGUGUUCAUGCGCAGUCCCUAGAGACGCUUCCUGCCGCCCACUAGUCCUCUCCCUCACUCCCAACCCUCUGUCUCUCUCCUUGCCACCCACCACCUCAUCCACCUCUUCACCACCCACAGCUGCAAGCCAGCACAAACACAGUGAUCCACCAUAAUUCAGAACUGUCUCUCUCUCGCAGCAGAAGAUACCCUCAUUCAUUGAACAAGUUCAAUACUCUCACUCGGAUUUUUUGAUGUUCUCGCACAACUCCUCGCUCGUAUCCCACUCAACCCCUUGUUCAAAUCCGCCUCUCAAGAUUCGCAUCGAUCGAUCACAAUAGAUACAACCCCAACAUAAUAACAACCAUUUACGAGAUAUACAUAAUCAUUACCGCUGGUCGUUGAACCCCAACAACAAACAGGUCGAAUUUUUGACAAGGAAAUCAGAGAGUUGGAAAGGAGAAUCUAGGAAAAAAAGACGGCUCCAUCACGGAUCCCCACACCGCCCAAGAGAGAACUUUUUGGAAAACUCGAGGACACUUCACAAUCCACAGCUGGUCGCUACGACGGCGACCAGCGAAAUAAUCAUACGCAAACGGAAGAAACGGAAUUGUUCUUGAGACCUCACAAUGUCUUUGAAACAAGUGAGUCCGGACGCUUGGACAAUAGGAGGGUGAGACGCUGACUCUGUAUUUCAGGAAAUCGAGACGUGGGUAAAGGCACUGGCCCAUUACGAUGGAAACGAAUUCGACGAGGCUUUGAAGGAGUUUGAUGCCAUCUCAGAUACCUCGAAAAUUCUGUUCAAUUGCGGUGUGAUCCAUGCGACACUAGGCGAGCAUGAGAAGGCAGUGCGUCACAAGACUUCCAUUUACUAUAUCCCUAUUUGUUCUAAUGAUUUUCAGGUUGAAUGCUACCAGCGAGCCGUGAGAUUGGACCAAUACUUAGCCGUCGCAUACUUUCAGCAGGGAGUAUCGAAUUUCUUGGUGGGCGACUUUGAGGAGGCUUUGGCAAACUUCAAUGAUACAUUAUUGUAUUUACGGGGAAACAACAUGAUCGACUAUGCACAGCUAGGAUUAACGUUCAAGCUCUACUCUUGCGAAGUACUUUUCAACCGUGGAUUGUGCUAUAUCUACCUUCAGCAAAAGGAGGCCGGAAUGCAGGAUUUCUCCUUUGCUGUCAAGGAAAAGGUUGUUGAGGAUCACAAUGUCAUCGACGAGGCAAUUCUGGAGGAGGCAGAGGUAUGGUUGAUGAAUUGCUCUUAAUUUUAUCCGCUAACGACUGCAGGGUUAUACCGUUUUUUCCAUUCCCGUCGGGGUGGUUUACCGACCAAAUCAAGCCAAGGUCAAGAAUCUGAAGACAAAAGACUAUCUGGGUAAAGCCAGAUUGGUGGCUGCGUCAGAUCGGGCAAACGCUUUUACUGGCUUUGCUGGGUCAGAAAUCAAGAAUGUACGUAGUCUCCUACCUGCCUGCUAACUUACGCUAACUCCCUUAGGCUGGCAAAGUUGAGGUAAAGGACGAUCGACCCGUGGAGAACAUUUCAUAUGCUGCCUCGAAUCUUGUCAAGCCUGGUCUGCAAAGCAAACGAUCCGAACCGCCGCGCCAAGUCUUCCCACCAACUCCACCUCCAGAAUCUGAGAAGGGAAGCACUACCUCAUCUAGUAGUGGUGGAAUGAGCCGUGGAGCUUCUGUUCGAAGCGGACAAAGGCCAAUGCCCGCCAGGCUCAAUACAGAUAGAGCACGACCUGACGAGCGCUACGACAUACACAACGAAAGAUCCCCUGGAAGCCAACGAUCACGCGGAACAUCAAAUUCACGAGGACCAACAAGAAGACCGUCAAGAGCUGAUCCUCCUCCUCGUGAUAGACGACCGAGCGUACAGAAUAAUGGCAGGAGGCGGUCGGAAGAGGAAGACGAAGAUUACGGAGAUGUUUACGAUAUGUACUCUGUCAGUGGACGUAGCAGCCGAAAUCCCAACCGAAGGCAACCUAGGUACAUCGAGGAAGAGGACGAAUACGCAAGCGAGUACGAUGAUGGAUCAUUCGAUGAGAACGAUUUUGAAAUGGUCUCAAGUCGGCCGCCUCCACGAUCGCGUGCACCCUCGAGCGCUGGAGGUGGACGUGGACAGUCAAGAAGGCCCGACGUUCGAAAGAUUCGUGUCAAAGUUCAUGCUGAAGAUGUUCGAUAUGUUAUGAUUGGGGUUGCUAUAGAAUUUCCUGAUUUGGUCGAUAAAAUCAGGGACAAAUUCGCCCUUCGCAAGCGCUUCAAGAUUAAAGUCCGUGACGAGGAUAUGCCAAAUGGCGAUAUGAUAACUCUUGGUGAUCAAGAUGACCUGGAAAUGAUUAUCAUGGCUGUAAAGUCGAACGCUAAGAGAGAACGCUUAGAAAUGGGGAAGUUGGAGGUAAGAUUAUCCUUGAUAAAUUACAACCAUGAUUUUGGCUAACUCUUUCCCCCGCAGGUUUGGGUGAAUGAAAUUUGAAUGACAACCUUGACGAUACCUUUGUUUUUUCUUUUUGGCGAGCCCUUCAAGACUUCUUUUUGCAUCACAAAAUAUAUACCAGCGAGCGAUCUAUGCAUACCUAGAUGGGGCAGGAGUACGAUGUUUUUUCUUUACGUGUUAAUCUCCUUCAUGUGGAGCAUAUAUCUUUUUUACUGUAUACGUCUGUGACGGGUUAUAUAUGUGUUGGAAGCGAUGUUAUUUCUUAUUCCUCGAUGAUUCGAGAGAGAGAGAAAGAUCUGUUAGAGGAAGCGAUACGAGAUUUUGCAAAGGGUGACCAUUCUGUGCAAAUACAUCUACCACUUUCCAUCUGAUGAGAAUCUCUUUGUGUAUAUUAUUUUCGACGGACGUGACGCGGAAUUUUGAUUAUGUUCCUCGGCUAUAUCAUACCAUACCUACUUAUGAAGCAAUCUUCUUACAACCAA